CCUAAAUACCCCUACAUGUACGGUGUGUUCGGUUUGGACUGAUUUAGACAGCAAAGAAGAAAGUAUGAUUUUUUUUUUUUUUUUUUUUAAAUUUUAAUGACAAAAAUGUAGCAGGGACUAUAUUUUCUUUAGUACGAGUCACUUGGUUCAUUAAACGGACAUUCUUCAUUUUCUAUGUAUAACUGGAGCUGUGAACAGGCAUGUUUAAUUAUUAAAGUGUUGGAGAAAUGGUGUGUGCUGUUUUUCAUUUGGAAUAACCAUUGUAUUUUUAUUUAUUUUUUUUAAUUCGCUCUAGUGAGCAGCAGUUCUUCUUCAAAUGCAUAAUUUGUGUUUCUUUUGAUAGUAAAUGAUUUUCUUAAUCUUGCUCAAGUGACAGUUUUUUUUUUUUUUAUCUUCAAGAUAGGACUCUUUAUCAGCAAAGAUUGUCUGCUGCUUUGUGUGUGUCCUCCAGAAAUCAGACAAUUUGCUCUCUCUAGUGAAAUGUUCUGGAUUUUGGAGUGAUGAGCUAAAUGCAAGUAUGAACCUCAGGACCCUGAGGGAAUGAUGAGUCAGGGGGUAAAGUUUAACCGAAGCUGCAGUGCUGUCAGUGUGAGAGGCAGAGCGAUAUGAUCAUUGGUAGCGCUAAGCUCAGGGAAAUUUAAAGAACCAAAAGUAAAUGAGUUUUGGGUUUGGAGAAUUAUUUGCUGAAUGACUUUUAUCACUAAUGCAUGUUUAUACAAGAAAAAAAUAUAGAUUAGUUGCAGAUCACUCCAAGAACAAAAAGCAACAUUACCCUACUUUAAUACUUGGUGGGUUCAUGGGCAAAGUUCUGAUCGUGGUUUCCAUGGUGAUUGCUCCACAUUUAGAAAUUUGCCACAGAAUUGUUCUUUAUAUACAAUCCGUUUAGUUUUAUUUUUCUGUUUCUUCUCCCUCUCUACCUUCCCAGAGCCUGUUCAGAGGGUUCACGAUGGUCAACGCAACCAACAUGGACAGUGGCAGUAGCACAGAAAAUUCCAAGGAAAGCUCCCGAUGUUCUACACCGAUCCUGGAUAUUGAGAGACACGAACGUCUCCAGGAUAAAAUGCGCCGGCGCAUAGAUGCUGGAGAUAAGUGGUUCUCUCUGGAAUUCUUUCCACCACGUACAGCGAGCGGUGCCGUCAACCUGAUAUCCAGGUAGGAAGAGCUUUGAGUGGAAGUAAAAGUCUGUUGGUUAACUCUUUACAGUAAAGUAAAGCAUUUUGGAGCUUUAUUUAUAAAAUAUUUUACCAGGAAGGAUACAUUGAGAUUUCUCUCUAAUUUUCAAGUAUGUCUUGGGUCAACAAACAUUGCAUUGGUAUAAUAGAAUACAAUAAAAUACAAAAACCAAUAUUAAUACACAAUAAAUACAAAUGUAACAUAGAGCAGGUAGGAAAUAUAUAAUCAACCAUGACAGGCGCAUUCUGUUUUGAGGUAUGUUGAGAGGGAUCUCUUAAAGGACUUUAGGCUUAGGGAAGAUCUGAAAGUGUGCGGGAGGUCGUUCCACAAUGGUUGUGCUCUAUUGGAAAAGGAGGAUCGAACUGCUUUCUUUUUGUAUCGAGGUAGACUAAGUAAAGUGCUGGUACUGGAUCGGAUCUUAUAGGAGGUGGGAAUAACCUCCUAUAUAUGUUUCUAGACAAACUACUAGCACGUGUUCUGGUCAAAAUUAUAUUUCAUAUUUUUCUUCUUAUAAAGCAUUGACAACACACUUUUUUCCAAAUACACAACACAUCACAGAAUUGCACUAUACACCUUCCAAUGGCAUCAAGAGGUCACAAUAAAACGUAUUUAAUCCAUACCUUGGUUUAUUGAGCUGCAGAAAGUAUAGGCCACAUCUGGACUUGGAAUGUGUUUGAUCUUGUGACAUUGCAGAGUUUGACAUGAAAUGUUGUACUUUGAUUGUGCAACCUAUAGCGACUUUCCCAGUAUUUCUUUAAUUCGUUGUAUCUGUCCAUAUUACAGAUUUGACCGUAUGGGCUCCGGAGGUCCUCUCUUUAUUGAUGUGACUUGGCAUCCGGCAGGAGACCCCAGUUCAGACAAGGAGACCUCAUCCAUGAUUACUGCAAGUACAGCUGUGAAUUUCUGUGGACUGGAGACUGUUCUCCACAUGACUUGCUGCCACCAAACUAAUGACGAAAUCACCAGAAAUCUUCAAAAAGCAAAACGUCUUGGAUUAAAAAACAUUAUGGCUCUGAGAGGAGGUAAAUGCGAGAGAGUCUAUUUUCAAAUCUAACUUUCAAUAUUGUGGCAGAUCUGGGGGGCUGGUUCUUUAUUGGCUGUGUGAGGGUUUUUUGCAUGUGUCUGUCUAGUGUUUUUUUGUAUUUUUUCCCUUAAUAUAGUCAAUUUUUAGUAUACUUUUCUGUUUAAAAUUGUACGGCUGGUUCACAUUCAGGUAGAAAUCUAAUCUAUACACUGCUGGCCAAUAUUCAGAUAUCUCCAUAAACUUUGUUCAGGUUUACUGUAUGGGUAUCUCUCAUGAUGAGCUACAUCGAAGGCAAACAUUAGGGGGUUACGGAAAUCCCCGCAAAGUGCCUGACCCCAGGGCCAUAUCAUUAUUUAUUUAUUUAUUUAUUUAUUUAUUUUUCUCUUUUUAUGUUUUCUAGACCCCAUUGGUGAGGAAUGGGAAGAGGAAACCAAUUGUUUCAAUCACGCUGUAGAUCUUGUCAAGCACAUUCGACAGGAAUUCGAUGGUUAUUUUGAUAUAUGCGUCGCAGGUAACUUGACUUCCUGAUGUGUACGUGUGUGUACGUAAAAUUGAGGGCACUGAUGACUAAUCGUGCAUUCACAUGAACCUUGGUCAGCCUAGCUGUUAGCUGCUUUUGCAAAAUAGCGUUUUUGUAAGAGGUUUUAUAUUUUAUAUUGCUUUCUGUACAUGAAUUGAGUUCUAUUUUGGAAUAAUAGAAUUGUAUUCUCAUGCAACUGAUCCCCAUAUUCACAAACCGACAACCCACCCAGUCUUGAGUCUGUUUUACAGCUUGACUCCUUAAACAUAGCUUUUAUAAAACAGCUGUAAUUUUAAGGUGUCAUGCUCAUGUGUUCUGCAAGGUCUACUGGCCUUUCUAUAUUGCACUGUCUAUAUUCUCCAUGUUUUACAGCGCUGCAGCAUAUUUUGCAUCCUUGAGUGUGGAAUCAUAUUGAUGUAAAGUGUGUGUGCUUUCUCUGUGUGCAGGAUACCCCAAAGGUCACCCUGAUGCCGAAAGUUACGAGCAAGACCUGAUAUAUCUCAAGGAGAAAGUAGACGCCGGCGCUUGUUUUAUAGUCACGCAGCUCUUCUUCCGUUUUGAAACAUUUUUAAAGUUUUUCAAGGAUUGUAGAGAAAUCGGUAUCACCUGUCCAAUAGUUCCCGGAAUCUUUCCAAUCCAGGUACGCGUCCCAUACAGUAACAAUACGGAACCAUCCGUGCAUGCAGAAAGAAUAAAUAGCAGAUGAUGCAGUACCUUAAAGGGUAAUUACUAUAAAGAUAAGGAUGUGCAAGGGUGAACGUGUGUCAUCCAUAGAUUCAUUUGGGGGGCGGGGGGGGGACAAUGUAAAUGUAUUUUUCAUGUCACUAUGCGCUUUCUAUUAUUUCAUUAAAAAAAAUCUUUAUCAGGCAGUUGGAGGGGGAUGGGGGAUGGGGGAUAACAGGAUUAGAAAGGUUAGAAUACAAUAUUAAUUGUAAUUAAGAUUAGUUUUACUUUCAAGUUACUAAACUGGAGAUAAACUUAUAAAGAGUUUAGGCAUAGUUGCAUACACCUGUCACCUAUGUACAGACUUUCUGGAAUGAAGGCUAAAUGUAUUGGGGACAGGUCUGCUCAGGGCAACGGAUUGUGAAUUUUCCUGUUUAUCUUGACCAGCAGAGCGAGAGUUUACGCAAGCCUGGAAUUCAGCCUAGGGAGUCAUAAUUAAGCCCUGGUAAAUGUGUCAUGGGCCAUCCAUGUUUGCAGUGAGUGGCCUGGCUAGUAGUGUAGGGCUUGACAUUUCAUCAGGGUCCAUACAGAUGUUUAAACUGCAAUUGGAUAAAUACUUGCAAAAAACAUAACAUACAGGAAUAUAAUUUCUAAUUAGUGGGGUAAUAGCUGCUUGAUCCAAGGAGAUAUCUCACUGCAAUUUUAGAGGUCAAGAAGGAUUUUUUUUUCCUGUCUUAAGUGGAAGUACUGCACAAGUGGGUUGUUCCCUCUUAUGUGGACAAGAAGCUCUGUAAAAUAUAAAAAUGUAAAUACUCCCGCCUACCUGUUCAUGAAAGGCAGUACCCUCCUUCCAUCCACAGUUCUUCUUGUCCCGAGAACCGGACGGUUCAGAAAGAUUGGUGAGGCUCACAAGUUGCAGCCAGGGAGAUGCGGACCCAAAAGCUCCCCGGGAGGUGAGCUGCGAGGUACCCCUUCCACACAAGCGUUACGGAACGCAAGUGGAAGGGAUUUUCAUUAUGCUGACAGGAAGUUGGAGGUCCCGAGCGACCCUCCAAUCCAGAAGCAGGCCACGAUUUUGUAGUGUUUCUGGGUCCUCGAUCUCUUGGUUGUGUGUGAGGCAUAGGCGUGGGGUUAAGUCUAUGGUGUAGGUCGGUCUGUUCUGUUAGGGGUUGUCCUGUGGUAUCUUGUGGUCUACGUUGGCUGGCAGGGAGAGGUGGAUUUCAAGUGUCAGGGGUGGGUGAGUUAGAAGAUGGGAGGAGGAGGGUGAGAAAAGGGAAGAAGAGAAAGAGGGGGUGGGGGAACGAGGGGUCCUGUUUGGGCAUAGUCAAGAUGUCAGCGCCGUAGUGUGGUGGAGGAGAUAUGAGGCUGGUGUUUGUGGCAGGGCUUCAUCCGUCACCUCUUUUAUCACUCUGCUGAUUGUCCUCCAGAAUGGCGUAAUGAGGACACAGUCCCACCACAUGUGGAGGAAGGUGCCUCUCUCUUCUCCGCAGCGCCAACAGGUGUCUGGUAUAUUAUGAUCACGGGUGUGUUGGGUAGUUGGGGUGAUGUACCAUCUUGUGAGAACUUUGUAAACGUUUUCUUGUAGCCGUGCAGAUCCCGAGUUUUUUUAGGUGUGUGUGAUUUUUGUCCCAGUCAGCCUCCGUGAUUGUUUCGUUGAGGUCUUCUUCCCAUUGUCUGAUGCAAGGUGGUGCCAGGAGGUAGCGGCUUGUCACCAGUGAGGUGUAAAUCUGGGAGAUAGCCCUUGGUGGUGGUGUGUCUUGCAGGCAGAGGGAUUCAAAUUCUGUUGGGUCCCAAAGUAUGCUGGGUUUAUGUGUUAUUGAGCGGGCGUAGUGUGCCAUUGUGUGUAGGUGUUCUGGAAAGAGGUCGGUUUGAGGGCGGAUUACGCAUGGCGGGGAUAUCACAUCAGCCAUGCGGGGGAUUUUGUCUCUGUUUGUCAGGUGUGUGAGUGGGCCGUGGUCGUCCGCUUGGAAGUGCGGGUUACCCCACAGGGGGAGCAUGGGGCUUAGGUCGGUCGUGAGACAGUAUUUGGCACCAGAUUUGGAGUGUUGCUUUCACAAACUGGUUCGGGAGUUGAAUAUGUUUGCUCGCUUCUUUCGUGAUCCAGGGCAGGGUUCGUAGAUUGCAGUUGGUGCGGUCUGCUUCCAGCUGCACCCAUAGCUUGUCUCUCGCCUUCGUGGACCAGCUGAUAAUUGGUGAAGUGGGCCGCUAGGAGGUAUUUUCUGAAGUCCGGCAGGGCUAGUCCACCUCUAAGUUUUGGGAGCGUCAGUUGGGAGUGAGCUAUGCGGGGGGGAGUUUACCCCGCCAAAUGAAUUUACAGACUUUUGCCUGUAUGGCUGUGAAGGUCUUUGGGGCCACGACUGUACCGUUUGUAAGAUGAAGAGGAGUUUAGGGAGUAAGCACUGCAUUCACUCUGCCCAAACAGGAAAUGUAAUAAGAGUUCAAAGUGUGUAGUUUUUCUACUGUUACAUUGGGGAUGGGUGUAAUUGUGAGCGUAUAUAUCAUUCGGGUCUGGUUUGGGCCAUAUCUGGGUGUCACACCAACGAAAGGGGAAGUGUUGUUGGAUCAACCGUCGCUUGGUCCUCCUGGCCUCCGUGAUCAGGUUCAAAGCUCGGAUGGUGUUAUCUCGUAUAGGGAUGCACCAAAAUUUUCGUCUGAAAAUAGGCCCAUCCUGUUUCUGCCGAAAACUGGUCAAAUUUGCCAAAAUUAAAUAAAUUUAGGACAGGGGUAGAACACUAUGGGACAGGGGAGCGGGGGAGAACACUAUGGGACAGGGGAGCGGGGGAGGGUGGAAAGAACACUAAAAAAGAGGGAGAGGAACAUUAAGUGGGGGGACCACUAAAAGAGAAGCAAAGUUUUUCAUAUUAGAUUAAUUAAAUCUAAUAUUAAUAAAAUAUAGGAAAAAAACUUUUUAAAAAUAAUUUGUGGGGGGGAAAUAAUUUUCUGUUUCAGUUUUCGGCCAAGGGCAUCCUUAAUUUUUGGUUUCGUUUCGGCCUAGAAUUUUCAUUUUUUGGUGCAUCCCUAAUCUCGGACCUCUCUGCACGGGAUGAAACCAGUUUGGUCCGGGUUUACCAAACCUGGUAGCAGUGGGGCCAAUCGGUUAGCCAGGACGCUGGCCAGCAGCUUGUGUCGAGAACAGAGACCAGGCCUUACCUCUAGCAUAGCGCAGGGUCUUUGCCCUCUCUUUGGAGCAGGGUUAUAUUAUUGGCAGUAAAUUGUGUAGAGGGUAUCUCUCCUUCUGAGAUGGAGUUCACGGCUGUCAGUAAUUUCAGGAGGAGGUCUGGUGAGAAGGUCUUGUAGUAUAGAAGGGGUAGGCCAUCGGGUCCUGGCGAUUUGCCAGUCUGUCCUUUUUUUUUUGACCGUAAACGACAAUCCAUCUGUUGUGAUGGGGGCCUCUAGUGUUUCGUGUUUGUGGUCCUCGAUUCGUGGUAGUCUGGAAGUUGCAAGAUACGCUUGUAUUUUGUCUCGCCUGCGGAGUGUUUCCUCCUCUGGUUGUCCUUGGCAUAUGUGGUAUAGUUCCUUGUAGCAGAGGAGGAAUUUGGCAGAGAUUUGUUCCGGGAGGUGGUGGACUUGCUGGGUGUGGUCCCUAAUUUUGGGGAUGUAUAGUUGGGUUCUGUGACUCUUCAGGAGGUUAGUGAUGGUUCUGCAGCAUUUGUUCCCAUGUUCAUAUAGCCGAUAUUGUAAUGGCGAUAUGAGCGUUGUAUGGAUCUAUUUAGGUGGGUGGUAAGUUGGGUGCGUUUUAUGAGGAGAUCGCGGUACAUGGGGGCUUCCUGUCUUAGUUUGUGUUGGCUUUCUAGUACAGCGAUUUUCUUUGCUCAGGUCCACAAUUGUUUGCGUGUUUUUCUUUCUUGCGCUUUGAGCAUAUCGCAAUGAAAUGGCUCAGAAUCACCGCCUUGUGGGCCCCCCAGCAGGUCAGGGGUGUCGUGUCUCCUGUCUUGUUUGUGGCGAGGUAGUCUUGGAUAGUCUGCCUGGCAUUGUCGACGAGGGCUGGGUUGGCUAGGAUAUUUAAAAGAAGAAAAACUACCACAACAAGAGGACAUAGUCUUAAAUUAGAGGGACAAAGGUUUAAAAAUAAUAUCAGGAAGUAUUACUUUACUGAGAGGGUAGUGGAUGCAUGGAAUAGCCUUCCAGCUGAAGUGGUAGAGGUUAACACAGUAAAGGAGUUUAAGCAUGCGUGGGAUAGGCAUAAGGCUAUCCUAAAUAUAAGAUAAGGCCAGGGACUAAUGAAAGUAUUUAGAAAAUUGGGCAGACUAGAUGGGCUGAAUGGUUCUUAUCUGCCGUCACAUUCUAUGUUUCUGUGUUUCUAUGAUGGAUUCCUUUAGGUGCCAUAAAAGUCUGGCAGGGUCGGAACAAGGGCGACUUAAGUGCGUCUCUGCAUACAAGAGAUGCACCUAAAAAAUAUGUGGUGCUGAACUUUAUGGUCGCAAGUCUCUUUUCAGCUAUGAAACAUUUUAAGCCCUGCUAAUUUAUAUAUUUAACAGGUGUUAAUUCGGUCCAAAAGUUGCAGUUUGGCAGGUAGCAGUUCAACAACAUUGCUGUUUAGUGAAUAAGCCCCUAUUUGAAGGUUAAACAGAUACACAGCUGAUUGCUAUCAACCAACUGUUGGAUAAUACAAUGAAAUACAAGCUGUAAAAACAAAACUCGCCGCAGCAAGGCACUGUCAAUAUUUACUCGAAUGGGGGAGAAAAUUCCAGAUAUAGAAACCCAAUAGUGUCCUUGAUCCCAUUUCAAACCGCGUAUAAUUUAACGUGUCCGUGCCACUCAUGUUCCAGGAUUCUGUUAGCGAUGAAUAUGUAAAUGUUCCACUGACCAUUCGUAUCGCGGCCGGCGUCUUCGCACGAUUUGGAGUCUGUUAAAUUCUUUGCUGUGUAUAGAGAAAACCGUACUAUAUUAAAUAAUGUUUGUAUAUAACAAAGCGCGUGUAAUCCCUUUAAAUCCAGUUGUACAAUAGUAUCCUAAUGGCUCUGCCGUAUUGUCUGGCUUGAUGAGCUUAAUAAACUUCUAAAGAUCUCUGAACACUUUGGCACGUCAAUGGAGCAUAUUCACUAACACUGGUCUGAGGCCAAAAUUGCAGAUUUGAAAUACCGGAAUUGGAGGCCAAUUCAGUUAUCUGCUUACAAAUAGCCCUUUAGUGAGCUCACCCAGGGAAUCGUUUUAUUUAGUGUAUUCCAAUACAUAUUCCAGCAAAGUCCUGCAGAAUGAAUAGGGUUUUUUUGACUGAUUUUUAUUUAGUUACUUGGUAGUAGCAAGCUGUAAUUAGCACAGACAGACAGUGUGCUGCAGGCGAGGAGGAUAUUACGGUUUAUAGAUAUUUUUAAUGUAAAUAAAAUCAAUUCUCUAGGCUCUGUGUUUAAUAUUGGGGAAUGCCUAGUGUGAUAUGUACACCUGUCUCAAUCGACAUUUUGCAGCGUAAGGCCCUAAUUGGCAGUAUCUUGCUCAAACCAAAUUUAGAAAUAGUUUUUAAUGCCUUUUUGUUUCUUCUGUUUCUUUGUGUUUUUGAAGUGCCAAUGUAAUCUGCUCUGGAAGUCCAGGGUUAAACCGCUGCUAUCAAUAUGGGCCCGGCCAUAGAGCGGCUUAUUGAUGGGUUUGGUGGGACGGAAUAAGAAGAUAUUGGACCAUUUACCAGUGCAUGAGCGUGUUUUGUUUUCAGGCAAUUUGAAUAUUGUUACACUCAAUACAUGAACUUUGCUAUAUGCAUUGUCUCUCAGUAGUUCUAUUCUUACUCUUUAAGGGCAGAUGAAAAAUCUUUUCAACAACCAUCUAAAAUUAGUAAUGCGUUAAAAGGGACACCCCAAGGACCGUGAUUUUAUUUGUUUUAUUCUUGUGAUGCAGAGUCUUUAAUACUGCCCCUCUCUUUUUGUAUUGUCAAUUUGUCAAGAAUCCCAACUCUCUGACCACCUAACGUUCAAUUCAUUUACUGCUGCUCCGAUAAUGCAGUGUUUAUUACAUAGAACUUGUUCUGUUUUUUUUUUCAGGGUUACUGCUCCUUACGUCAGUUGGUAAAACUGUCCAAGCUGGAGGUGCCCCAGGAAAUUAAAGAUGUGAUCGAGCCAAUAAAAGAUAACGAUGCAGCAAUUAGGAAUUACGGGAUUGACUUGGCUGUUUCUAUGUGUCGGGAGCUGCUGGAUAGCGGGCUGGUAAACGGCUUGCAUUUCUAUACUCUGAACCAGGAGGUGGCAACAAUCUCUGUAUUAAAACGUCUUGGAAUUUGGAUUGAGGACCCAAGGUGGGUGACGGUUUGCUUUUCUCCAGAAUGGAGGUGUGUGAAUAAAAAUGCAAAAAAUGAAAACAAGAGACUUUUUACCUUGCCUGGAUGUUUUAUAUAACGCCCUACUGCUUCAGACACAGUUAAAAAAAAAUUUUUUUAAAUGGAAUGUCAUUUAGGGUUUUCCCAUUCUGUCUGCUUCUCACCAUGCAAAACCUCACCAUUCUUGUUUGUCUCGACAAUUUUUACUUUAACCUUUCCCCUAACCCAAGCUACAGGAGUUCAGAACUUGUGUGUGUUUUUUUUUUUUUUUAUUUUUUUUUUAUUAAAAAUGUAUAAUGUUUAAAAAGAAACCAAACCCUCACUUCCAGAGAGAGAGAAUGUACUUGUGCAUUCACUCCAAUAAACUCUAUUUCAGUGUUUACUGGGUAACUAAUGCAUCAGGUGAAAGUAUAAAAAAAUUUAAACUGCUUACCACUAUUCCACUUCCAUGUCGGGGAAAUGUUGCUGUCCCGUGAUGCCAUCGGCGUUAGUGUGCGCGCUCUUUAUGCCAACUUUUUUUACUCCCUGUAAUGCCAUGUCUGAGUUUUUCCAUAUCUGAUACUAGGAUACUCUACAUAGCAACUUCCUAGGACAAACGGUCAGCCAUGUUGAAUGUUGGUAUACUUUAACGCAAUAUGUUUCUUUCUUUUCUGAGGCCAAAUAAAGUAUGUUCUAUCCCAAUUUCAGCUUAUUCCUACUUCAGCUCGUGUAAUUUUGUUCUGUCCUCCUUCAAUUCUUCAUCAGACGUCCCUUGCCGUGGGCAGUUAGUGCUCAUCCGAAACGACGAGUAGAAGAUGUCCGUCCGAUAUUUUGGGCAUCCCGACCAAAGAGCUACAUUUACCGAACUCAAGAGUGGGAUGAAUUUCCAAAUGGUCGCUGGUACGUAUCCUGACCAAAGACAACUCGUGGACAUGUGGUUUUUCAUGUGAUAGAAAUGGCAUGUAAUGCCUAAAUCAUUUGUUUAUUUCAUUUCUUUUAUAAAGGGGAAACUCCUCUUCUCCUGCCUUUGGCGAACUGAAAGAUUACUACCUUUUCUAUUUGAAAAGCAAAUGCUCUCGUGAAGUGUUGCUGAAAAUGUGGGGAGAGGAGCUGAGCAAUGAGGAAAGUGUAUACGAAGUCUUCACCAGUUACAUAUCUGGAGAUGUUAACCGCAAAGGACACAAAGUAAGUGAAGAUACUGUAAAGACAUAGAUUUUAUAGCUGGUUCACUCACAUCUCCAUGGAUUGUAUAGCGGGUUCACUCACAUCUCCAUGGAUUGUAUAGUGGGUUCACUCACAUCUCCAUGGAUUGUAUAGCGGGUUCACUCACAUCUCCAUGGAUUGUAUAGCGGGUUCACUCACAUCUCCAUGGAUUGUAUAGCUGGUUCACUCACAUCUCCAUGGAUUGUAUAGCGGGUUCACUCACAUCUCCAUGGAUAGUAUAGCGGGUUCACUCACAUCUCCAUGGAUUGUAUAGCGGGUUCACUCACAUCUCCAUGGAUUGUAUAGCGGGUUCGCUCACAUCUCCAUGGAUUGUAUAGCGGGUUCGCUCACAUCUCCAUGGAUUGUAUAGCGGGUUCGCUCACAUCUCCAUGGAUUGUAUAGCGGGUUCGUUCACAUCUCCAUGGAUUGUAUGGCGGGUUCACUCACAUCUCGAUGAAUUGUAUAGCGGGUUCACUCACAUCUCCAUGGAUAGUAUAGCUGGUUCACUCACAUCUCCAUGGAUUGUAUAGCGGGUUCCCUCACAUCUCCAUGGAUUGUAUAGCGGGUUCCCUCACAUCUCCAUGGAUUGUAUAGCGGGUUCGCUCACAUCUCCAUGGAUUGUAUAGCGGGUUCGCUCACAUCUCCAUGGAUUGUAUAGCGGGUUCACUCACAUCUCCAUGGAUUGUAUAGCGGGUUCACUCACAUCUCCAUGGAUUGUAUAGCGGGUUCGCUCACAUCUCCAUGGAUUGUAUAGCGGGUUCGCUCACAUCUCCAUGGAUUGUAUAGCGGGUUCGCUCACAUCUCCAUGGAUUGUAUAGCGGGUUCGCUCACAUCUCCAUGGAUUGUAUAGCGGGUUCGCUCACAUCUCCAUGGAUUGUAUAGCGGGUUCGCUCACAUCUCCAUGGAUUGUAUAGCGGGUUCGCUCGCAUCUAGUUCAAACUAAUUGGUAGUGGAUAUGUAGAAGUUGAGGCGUAACUUUUAAUAAAAUGUAAUUGAAAAAAACGUAUGACCCAAAAUUCUAGCAAUCCAGAGGGAAAGAAUUGUAAAAAUAACAAUAAACAAAUAAUAAAUAAAAUAAAGUGUAUAUAAAAAGAGAUAUAGAUAUAUACACGCCCAGAUUAGUAAAUCACUGCUACAGAUUCAGAGCCUGUGAAUGCUCCCUGUGUAAUUUAGAGCUAUUGAGGUAUCAGUCAGACCAAUAUAACAAACGUCAGUCUUGGCUGGUGGUAAAUAGCGGAACCAGCAGCGGUUACAGUCUCUGUCCUUUGCCAGCUAAGACUGAGUUCUUUGUUAUUGCUUUGACCGAUACCUCAAGGCGAGUGGCAGUGUUUCUGCUCAAGUUUUCUUCAAUUUAUUUUUGCUGGUCGAGGGACAAAGUCUUCUUUUCUAUAUACUUGAGACAUCUUACUGCCAGACAGUGUUCUAAUAGAAUAGCUUUGGUUCCCUCAGAUGUAUGUGUUACCUUAUAGAUAGCCAGUCAGUAUUAUUCCUGCACUCCAGGUGUGUUACCUUAUAGAUAGCCAGUCCGUAUUAUUCCUGCACUCCAGGUGUGUUGCCUUAUAGAUAGCCAGUCAGUAUUAUUCCUGCACUCCAGGUGGAUGUGUUACCUUAUAGAUAGCUAGUCAGUAUUAUUCCUGCACUCCAGGUGGAUGUGUUACCUUAUAGAUAGCUAGUCCGUAUUAUUCCUGUACUCCAGGUGGAUGUGUUACCUUAUAGAUAGCCAGUCAGUAUUAUUCCUGCACUCCAGGUGGAUGUGUUACCUUAUAGAUAGCUAGUCAGUAUUAUUCCUGCACUCCAGGUGGAUGUGUUACCUUAUAGAUAGCCAGUCCGUAUUAUUCCUGCACUCCAGGUGGAUGUGUUACCUUAUAGAUAGCCAGUCAGUAUUAUUCCUGCACUCCAGGUGUGUUACCUUAUAGAUAGCUAGUCAGUAUUAUUCCUGCACUCCAGGUGUAUGUUACCUUAUAGAUAGCCAGUCAGUAUUAUUCCUGUACUCCAGGUGUGUUACCUUAUAGAUAGCCAGUCCGUAUUAUUCCUGCACUCCAGGUGGAUGUGUUGCCUUAUAGAUAGCCAGUCCGUAUUAUUCCUGUACUCCAGGUGUGUUACCUUAUAGAUAGCUAGUCAGUAUUAUUCCUGCACUCCAGGUGGAUGUGUUACCUUAUAGAUAGCUAGUCAGUAUUAUUCCUGCACUCCAGGUGUGUUACCUUAUAGAUAGCCAGUCAGUAUUAUUCCUGCACUCCAGGUGUGUUACCUUAUAGAUAGCUAAGUCAGUAUUAUUCCUGUACUCCGGGUGUGUUACCUUAUAGAUAGCCAGUCAGUAUUAUUCCUGCACUCCGGGUGUGUUACCUUAUAGAUAGCUAGUCAGUAUUAUUCCUGCACUCCAGGUGGAUGUGUUACCUUAUAGAUAGCCAGUCAGUAUUAUUCCUGCACUCCAGGUGGAUGUGUUACCUUAUAGAUAACUAGUCAGUAUUAUUCCUGCACUCCAGGUGGAUGUGUUACCUUAUAGAUAGCCAGUCCGUAUUAUUCCUGCACUCCAGGUGGAUGUGUUACCUUAUAGAUAGCCAGUCAGUAUUAUUCCUGCACUCCAGGUGUGUUACCUUAUAGAUAGCUAGUCAGUAUUAUUCCUGCACUCCAGGUGGAUGUUACCUUAUAGAUAGCCAGUCAGUAUUAUUCCUGCACUCCAGGUGUGUUACCUUAUAGAUAGCCAGUCAGUAUUAUUCCUGCACUCCAGGUGGGUGUGUUACCUUAUAGAUAGCCAGUCAGUAUUAUUCCUGCACUCCAGGUGGAUGUGUUACCUUAUAGAUAGCCAGUCCGUAUUAUUCCUGUACUCCAGGUGUGUUACCUUAUAGAUAGCUAGUCAGUAUUAUUCCUGCACUCCAGGUGGAUGUGUUACCUUAUAGAUAGCUAGUCAGUAUUAUUCCUGCACUCCAGGUGGAUGUGUUACCUUAUAGAUAGCCAGUCCGUAUUAUUCCUGCACUCCAGGUGUGUUACCUUAUAGAUAGCUAGUCAGUAUUAUUCCUGUACUCCAGGUGUAUGUGUUACCUUAUAGAUAGCCAGUCAGUAUUAUUCCUGCACUCCAGGUGGAUGUGUUACCUUAUAGAUAGCCAGUCAGUAUUAUUCCUGCACUCCAGGUGGAUGUGUUACCUUAUAGAUAGCCAGUCAGUAUUAUUCCUGCACUCCAGGUGUGUGUACCUUAUAGAUAGCUAGUCAGUAUUAUUCCUGCACUCCAGGUGUGUUACCUUAUAGAUAGCCAGUCAGUAUUAUUCCUGCACUCCAGGUGGAUGUGUUACCUUAUAGAUAGCUAGUCAGUAUUAUUCCUGCACUCCAGGUGUAUGUUACCUUAUAGAUAGCCAGUCCGUAUUAUUCCUGCACUCCAGGUGGACCUGUGCCAGUCCGUAUUCCUGCUCAAGGUGGAUGUGUUACCUUAUAGAUAACUAGUCAGUAUUAUUCCUGCACUCCAGGUGGAUGUGUUACCUUAUAGAUAGCCAGUCCGUAUUAUUCCUGCACUCCAGGUGGAUGUGUUACCUUAUAGAUAGCCAGUCAGUAUUAUUCCUGCACUCCAGGUGUGUUACCUUAUAGAUAGCUAGUCAGUAUUAUUCCUGCACUCCAGGUGGAUGUUACCUUAUAGAUAGCCAGUCAGUAUUAUUCCUGCACUCCAGGUGUGUUACCUUAUAGAUAGCCAGUCAGUAUUAUUCCUGCACUCCAGGUGGGUGUGUUACCUUAUAGAUAGCCAGUCAGUAUUAUUCCUGCACUCCAGGUGGAUGUGUUACCUUAUAGAUAGCCAGUCCGUAUUAUUCCUGUACUCCAGGUGUGUUACCUUAUAGAUAGCUAGUCAGUAUUAUUCCUGCACUCCAGGUGGAUGUGUUACCUUAUAGAUAGCUAGUCAGUAUUAUUCCUGCACUCCAGGUGGAUGUGUUACCUUAUAGAUAGCCAGUCCGUAUUAUUCCUGCACUCCAGGUGUGUUACCUUAUAGAUAGCUAGUCAGUAUUAUUCCUGUACUCCAGGUGUAUGUGUUACCUUAUAGAUAGCCAGUCAGUAUUAUUCCUGCACUCCAGGUGGAUGUGUUACCUUAUAGAUAGCCAGUCAGUAUUAUUCCUGCACUCCAGGUGGAUGUGUUACCUUAUAGAUAGCCAGUCAGUAUUAUUCCUGUACUCCAGGUGUAUGUGUUACCUUAUAGAUAGCUAGUCAGUAUUAUUCCUGCACUCCAGGUGUGUUACCUUAUAGAUAGCCAGUCAGUAUUAUUCCUGCACUCCAGGUGGAUGUGUUACCUUAUAGAUAGCUAGUCAGUAUUAUUCCUGCACUCCAGGUGUAUGUUACCUUAUAGAUAGCCAGUCCGUAUUAUUCCUGCACUCCAGGUGUAUGUGUUACCUUAUAGAUAGCCAGUCCGUAUUAUUACUGCACUCCAGGUGUAUGUUACCUUAUAGCUAGUCCGCAGGGCCGGAAUGGGGAUUCCAAAGCAGCCCUGGAAAAAAAAAAUCUAUGCCAGCCCCAUAAGUCAUUGCCACAUAUAUUGUCGCAUGUAAUAUGUAAGGCUAUGUUUUGCAACCCUAGAUGAUUAUAUAUAUAUAUAUCUCAAAUAUAAAAAAACAAACUGAUCUUGCACUCCACCAAUUCAAUAUUCAAUGCCCGGUGCUUGUCAGCCAAAAAGGCAAAAAUAUUGCCAGAGAUAGCACUCCAAGGACUAAUAUAAAAUAUAACUUUUAUUACCUCCACUAAAACAACACAAGGUCAAUGUUUAAGGUUGAGGGGAUCAAGCUUAAACGUUGACCUUGUGUAGUUUUAGUGGAGGUAAUAAAAGUUUUAUAUUUUAUAUUAGUCCUUGGAGUGCUAUCUCUGGAUAUAUAUAUAUAUAUAUAUAUAUAUAUUGGUCCUUUCAGAGUAAAUGUUUAAUUAUACAGUAAGCAUACUCACAUGCAGACACAGACAAUCUCCCUGACACAAGCGGAUUGAUACACAGCCUCAUACAUAAGGUUAUUGACAUAAAAACACAAGCUCACUCAGUAGCAGGCACACACACACAAGGAAGCGCGCGCACACACACAGCUUAAUGUAGUGGUACUGGUGUCUAUAGCCUGUCCCUGCAGGCUUUUUAAUGUUAACACUGACUUUUAAGAGAAAAGGCAGUGUUUACAUUGCUUCCUAGUGACAGACACUCAGACGGUCACUAGAGGUGCUUCCUGUGUCAGUGCGGAUUGGCUGAGAUCAUCAAGCUUGAUGAUCUCAUCCGUAGAGGCAGGGCCAGGCGAGGGGAGACCAGCAUGACGUGGGGAAGAAGAAAAAAACACACAUACACACACACACACACAUGCCAUGACAGACACACACCAUGACACAGACAGACCGUGACACAGACAGAAACACACACACACACACACACACCUUAAAGACACACACACCUUGACACACACACACACCAUAACACAGACAGACCGUGACACACAGACACACACACCAUGACACAGACACACACAUUGCAUGACACAGACAAACACACACCAUGACACACACAGACCGUGACACACACACAUUACAUGACAGACACACAGACACACACACCACGACAGAGAGACCGUGACACAGACACACACACCGUGACACAGACACACACACCGUGACACAGACACACACACACCGUGACACAGACACACACACACCGUGACACAGACAAACAUACACACCAUGAUACACACAGACCGUGACACAGACACACACACACACACACACAACAUGACAGACAGUGACACACACACCAUGACUAAGAGACACAAACAAUGACACACACACAUUGCUGACACACAGACACUCACACAUUGCUGACACACAGACACUCACACAUUGCUGACACACAGACACUCACACAUUGCUGACACACAGACACUCACACACCAUGACACAGACACUCACACACACACCAUGACACAGACACUCACACACACACCAUGACACAGACACUCACACACACAGACACUCACACACACACCAUGACACACAGACACUCACACACACACCAUGACACACAGACAGACACACACACACCAUGACACACAGACAGACACACACACACAUAUACACAAUUUCUACCUGUGGGGAGCUCUUUAUGACGUCAUAUUCCGGCCCCAGUCUCAUUAAGCGGUGCGCAGGGGAGGGGGAGCAGAGACACAACAGCCAGCUCCCCCUGCGGCCGCAAGAACAGCCAGCAAACCCUGCGGCCGCCAAAGGAGCUCCAUCUGCGGCCGCAGGUGAGCCAGCUGGCUGCCCAGCCCCAGGUGCCGACGGCCCACCGAGAAAUUUCCCGGUAUCCCGGUGGGCCAGUCCGGCCCUGCUAGUCCGUAUUAUUCCUGCACUCCGGGUGCUGUGUUACCUUAUAGAUAGCUAGUCAGUAUUAUUCCUGCACUCCGGGUGACCUUUGUAGGCUCAGUUUAGGAUUUAUCGAUGGUUUUUGAUGGCACGGUGCCCGUGCACUGCGACUGUGUUUCUUUAUUCUCCAUCUAACCUUCAAGGCCUUACUGAUUAUUGUUCAAAUUGAUGUUUGGUUUCCAUGUUAUUAAUUUGAUGCCGUGUUCCAUAUGUGAACCAUUAAUUGAGCAUUCCAUGUUCAGCUUCUAAAUUAAACACUGAGCAUCGCAGCCUGCUAUUCUAGGCUCUGAAUCUGCAGCAGCUAUUUACUGAUCUCUAUUAUCUUUUUAUAUACUUUAUUUUAUUUAUUUUCUUUUGUUGAUUUUCUUUCCCUCUCGAUUGCUAGAGUUUUGGGCCAUAUGUUUUUUUUUUUUGGGGUUUUUUUUAAUUUAAUUUUAUAAGUUAUUUUUAUUUUAUUUUAUUUUUUAGUCUUACAUAGCCACUACUAAUUAGUCUGACCUCCUCGUUCUCUCUUAGGUCUGUACUGACCUAGAGGUACCUCCUUUCACUGUCCAAUCACAUCACUAUAUAUUCUAUAUUGAGCUCCCAUUUUUGGAUUUUGUUUUGUCCUGUAUUAUAACGGGUUCACUCACAUCUUCGUGGGUUCUGUAGCGGGUUCACUCACAUCUUUGUGGGUUCUGUAGCGGGUUCACUCACAUCUUCGUGGGUUCUGUAGCGGGUUCACUCACAUCUUCGUGGGUUCUGUAGUGGGUUCACUCACAUCUUCGUGGGUUCUGUAGCGGGUUCACUCACAUCUUCGUGGGUUCUGUAGCGGGUUCACUGACAUCUUCGUGGGUUCUGUAGCGGGUUCACUGACAUCUUCGUGGGUUCUGUAGUGGGUUCACUCACAUCUUCGUGGGUUCUGUAGCGGGUUCACUCACAUCUUUGUGGAUUUUCUUGUGGGUUCACUCACAUCUUUUGUGACUACUACAACUGGAUCAGUCACAUCCUCCUUAUAUGCAACUUGUACAAUAAAGUAUCCAAACUAGAGCCAGACCGGUCUUGGUUUUUCCAACUUUGUCUAAAUGAAUUGUGUUUAUUAUUGCUCCUUGCAGGUGACGUGUCUACCUUGGAACGACGAACCUCUUGCCUCAGAGACAAAUCUCCUGAAGCAGGAGCUACAGAAAGUAAAUAAAAGGGGAAUUCUGACUAUCAACUCCCAGCCCAAUGUGAAUGGAAAACCUUCCAAUGACCCGACGUUUGGAUGGGGUCCCAACAGAGGUUAUGUCUUUCAAAAGGUACCUGACUGACUUUGCGUGAAGUCGGUUCAUAGAAGGAUUAUCUCUUAAAUUUAAAUACUUCUAUUGGCUUUGGACCAUCUGCUUUCAUACGAUUUAAGAAAACUGUGUAUGGCACGCUUACAUUCAGUACCAGAACCACUACAGAGUCUACAACUGUAACUGGAGCACUAGACAGUUUCCACUAAUUUUGCUGUUUUCUUAUUGUUUAGAUCGGGGUUAGCAACAUUCAGCACUCCAGCUGUUGACUACAUCUCCCGUAAUCCUCUUACAGCCAUAAUACUGGUAGAGCAUCAGGGGAGAUGUAGUUCACAACAUGUGGAUAAUUUAUUCCAGCCUAUAUAUAGUGUUCUAAUGUCCUCUUUGAUUACAGGCGUACCUGGAAUUUUUCACCUCCAGCGAGAUGGUCACAGCUCUUAUUAAGGUGCUGAAGCGGUACGAGCCUCGUGUGAACUACCACAUAGUGAAUGUACAGGUACGACGUUUCAUGAUUAGUCCCUGGAAUAUAUAACCGUAGCAAACUAUAAAGCGGUUUAACGGACAGUUUUAUGUUGCAUCUAUACAAACUGUUUUGAUAGGUCUGUUGACUUAGAAACCUUUUCUAAUAAAACACAGAUUUUUCUCAGAUAUAAAUGUUUUUGCAUAACUGUUCAGGAGUUAAACCAGUUUUGAAAGGUUUAAUCCAGAAAUUGGUCCCCUGGCACGCGACACCUCUGCCUCCUCUCUUCCAUUCUCCUGACUAUCACAGUCAGCGGGAAGAUGGCUGGGCGGACGAUGAUAAUCUGCCCUUCACUGCCCUGUCUCUGGCUGAUACCUGUUUAAAUGUGGGUUUUUUUUGUUUUUUUUUUAAUUCUAUAUUCCUUGUUUUAGGGUAAAAAUAUUACAAAUUCUGUUGACCUGCAACCGAAUGCUGUGACAUGGGGAAUCUUUCCCGGACGAGAGAUUAUUCAACCAACGGUGGUCGAUCCUAUCAGCUUUAUGUCCUGGAAGGUAAGUGCAGUUUUGUCUUUAUCCUUUUUUCACUUUGUUUUCCACGGCAGUCUCUCACAUGUGAAAAGUAAUCUGCAAGUACUUCCAUCUUUUUUAGAAUACUUCUAACACCAGUUAAAUUGGAUAGUAAGCACUGUCAUUUUCAGUGUUACUGAAAGUUUACAAUCCUAUUCAUUGGCCUUUGCAAACUUGCGAGUGAGAAAGGUAUCUUGGGAAAAAAAAAAAUUGUCAGUUGAUAUAAACUUACAAUGAUAGCCCUGAUGACUGAACAAACUGAAAUUUAAGUAAUUUAGAAUUUUUUUAUUUUUUUUUCAAUUUGUUUUUUGCUAGUUCCAAAAAUUACGAAAUAUCAAAAUGAUUGAUAAUGCUAGUUCUUAAAAUUGGGUAAUUGUUGGACUAUUCCUUUAUUUUGAUUUAAUUCACACAAUUUAUUUUUUUCCUUGUUUUUUGAGGAAAAGGGGAAUACUGUUUUGUAUUUACUGUAAAAAAAAAAAAAAAAUUUAAUUUAUUUUUUCCAUACAGGAUGAAGCCUUUGCCCUGUGGAUAGAGCGGUGGGCGAAGCUGUACGAGGAGGAGACUCCAUCUCGAAUGAUCAUUCAGUACAUCCAUGACAACUAUUUCUUGGUCAAUCUAGUGGACAACGAUUUCCCCCUUGAGAACUGUCUGUGGCAGAUCAUUGAAGACACGUUUAGCGAACAUGAUAACCCAACGGAACCAUGACUCCUAUUACUGUGACUGUGUCAUGUGGCUCUAAAAGCAAUUCAUAGAGAACUCACUACUUUUGGAAGAGGCAUCAGCUCCUACUGGCAUGAAUAAACGUAUUUCAUGGGACGAUCCCUCAAGUGUACAUUCUGUACAUAAUUCAACAUGUAGUUACUGUUGCAAGACUUGAUAUUGCUGCUAGAAAACUAACUUUACCAUAGGAAUUGAGCAAGGGUGACUACAUAUUUUUAGAAAGAGAUCCAAGUCAUAUUUUUCUAAUUGUGUUUUUGUCGUUGCCGUAUCCUUGACACCUCCCCAUCCACCCACCCCCGAAAACUGAUUUCUUUUGUGUUCUUAGAUUCGGCCUCAUUGAUAUGUUUAACAAAUAUAAGCUUUUGGUGACUUACCUGCUCUCCUGAUAUCUUCAUUUGCACCUAAUCAAAACUGGUAAAUAGAGUUUGCCACAGAGAAGCACUGAGAACUCAUUCCAGUGACCGUGUGAUGUUCCCUGCCCCAGGGGUAGCAGAGGCUUACAACAACUAUAAUGGUUACUAUUGGUUGAAUACCUAUUUCUUCCAAAAUGUGUGCUUAUAAAUCAUAUUUUUAUUUUUUAUUUUUUUUGACAUUCUUUAUUUAUUCUUUUGAUAGUCAUUAAGUGCAUUACAACUGUGAACAUAUUUGGGUGAACAUUCAUUAAACAUGAAAACAUUGAAUUAUUGGCUAUUGAUUGUAACCGGCAUUACCGGUGCUAUGUCGGUAGUGUAUAGGUCUUUGUCAGCUAAGGCUCAGGAGCUGCUGCUGAAGACUUUUGGUUUAGCUUUGACUUUGGUAGUGUCUGUUGCAGGCAUGAGGUGGGUAGAGCUAGUGUGUGGUAUGUGGUGUCCCAUGUGUUACUCCCUUGUGGGCUUGCUUUGUUAUGUGGAUUAUGUCAUUAUCCCCUUAGAAUAGCUUUCUAGUGUUUUUGUUUUAAGUGGUUAUGUGUGUGGGUUUCGAGGAAUCUGCAGAGUGUCCUCUGUCCAUCUAGGUCUCUGGCUAGGUCGCAGUGGGUUAUUCGGCUAGUGUCACUUGUGUGUUGUGUUGUGUCGGUCAUUAUCGAAGAGGUGUGCUGUGCGCAGCUCUGGGUGUUGAGGUGACCUCGUCCCAGUCCCGUGCGGCUUGUUGUGUCCUGUCCUGCAUCUAGAUGCGUGUUCCACGGUGUGUUAUUUUUUUUUAAUCUGUGUUUGUUCUAUGCCUAUUUGUGAAUCUUGUAGUAGGUUUAAAAAUUCUUGCGCCAAGAAGAUGUAGUCUAUGCGGUUAUAGUGUGCGUGGACUGCCGAGUAGUUGGUGUAGUCUUACUCUUCUGGGUUGCAUGCCCUCCAACAGUCAACUACUCCUAGUUUGUGUAAGGAUCGCUGUGCUACUCGAAUGCAGUGCGCAGAAACUGCAGUCUGACCCCUGGAGGUGUCCAAGCGCGGGUCCAGUGGUAUGUUUAGGUCUCCGGCCAGGACCAGAAGGCCGUCUCUAAAUUUCUCUAACUUGGCCAGCGUCCGGGAUAAAAAGGUGUUGUUUUCUGUUUGGGCCAUAUAGGCAUGCGAAAGUGUAGGUGUGGUGCGCUAUGGUGCCUUUUAGGAAGAGAUAUCUACCGUUGGGGUCCUCCUGAAAUGCUGUGUGGUGGAAAGGUGUUGCUUGGGCAAAGAGUAUUGCCGCUUUUUUGGCUUCUGGGUGAUUCGCGUAGAAUCCUUGUGGGAAUCGUCGGUUCUCUAAUUUGGGUGCGUCUCCACCUCUGAGGUGCGUCUCCUGCAGGAAUGCCACGUAUGCUUUUGCGGCCCACAGCCGCCUUAGCAGGUGCGAUCGCUUUUCAGGUGUGUUGAGUCCCUGAACAUUGUUGGACCAAUAUGUCAGCUGGGCUGGGACAAAUCCCCGCUUGGGCGCCGUCGAGGCGGCGCCCCCGCAGCGGCACGGUUUGGGUUGUGGGGGCGUCAGUAGGUGUAGGGAAGUCAGAGAGUUGUGUUGUGGUGAAGGGUCUGCCUGACUCUUAGGAUGUGACGUCGACCCUGUACCGGGUAUUGUUCCUGCGUCGGGGUUACAAUUCCGACGCAAGGAACCCUGGUUUUAUUUACAGUUUGGGUCUGUCUCAGUGGGGUUCUGUGGAGCCACUCACGGUAGUGGUGUUGUCUAGUUAUGUGGUGAUCUGUACUUUCUCCUUUCCGUCAGCACCCGCCCUGCAUGGUGUGAGUGUAGUUGUCCAGACGGUGUAUUUUAAGUUUGGGGGGGCACCAAUUGCCUAUGCCGCCUUGGUUCUAGUCAGUAUUUUGUGUCCUGGAAAGAGAAAAAUCAGCGCUAGGCUGCCACACAAGGAAAUAAUAAUAGUAGAAAUUUUGUGUCCUGUUUGUUAGUGCGUUGCCCUAGGAACGUUUGUGUGGUCCUGUCUGGUUCCUUCUAUCUUUAGUAUCUCCUGCAGCUCUCCCGUCCCCGGUCAUACCUCCUAGUGUCUGAGUCAGGGCCUCCCUGGGUUAACCAGAGAUUUGGAGCAGCCUAUCUCCUAGUGUGUGUCAUUCGGGUGUCCUGUUGCGACCCUUCCCCUUAAAGCAUGCUGUGUGUUUUAGUGGGGAUUGGGUCGACGCCUCUUGAAUUCGCUAGUCCGUGGCAUGUUUCCGUCUCCUGGGUAUACUCUAUCUCUGUUGUGCAGUGUCCUGUGUUGCUUUCCAGACGAAGCGGUGUGUGUCUGCCCGUGAGGUUACGUCAGGGUGGUGGCUCUUGUCAUCUCUUUGUUAGCCCCCAGGCCUGGUUUCUCGCUGUAGUGUACCUGCUCCUCCCUUGUGUUUGUUCUUCCUGUCUUAGGUGUCUGUUAUUAGGCUGCCCUUUGCCCUGACUGUGGCCCUUGUCGUGUAUUGUGUCUGUCUGUUCAAGUUAGCUCCCCUGGUGCUCUGGCAGUUCACGCUUCUUCCUCCCUGUCUAUACCUGGCUCCACCCCUUCGCUCCUACUCUGUGCACUCCGGUUCUAUAUGUGUGCUUCAUUUUAAGCCUAUGGUUUCAGGAGUCUUGCAUUGCUAUUGCCUUGCUAGGAAGUGCGGUCUGUGCGUGGGUGCUUCCUGGUCUAGGGGGCCCUCAUGUGAAUUAACCUUUGAAAAUUAAACUGUACAAUAAACUGCCCACUAGACAGGUCCUUCCCGGUUUUAGCUACCGAUCUACCCCGAUGCUAGUUCUUAAAAUUGGGUAAUUGUUGGACUAUUCCUUUAUUUUGAUUUACCCGUUUCACAGUGAUCCUCCACUGCCCUGCGACCAACCCUCCAUCUCCUGGUAUUUUUUAAGUCUUGGUGGCUCACUGCUGCAUGGUUGUCCUCUGCCUGUGCAGGCCCUUGUAGUUGCGCAUUCCCGCCCUCCUUCUGGUUGGCUUCUCCCACCCAACUUGAGGGGUUCCUCCUGUGCAUAUCCAUUGGCAGUUCGGCCUUCCAGAUGGGGCACUUCCUCUUACCACCCCCCGUUCAGGUUAUCCGCUCCCUCCCCACCUACCUGGUAUCCACCCUUAACACCCCGCUAUUGCUAUCAGGUUGUAGUCAAGGAAAGUACAUACCCAGUUCGGUGUCGUCGGGCCGGUGUGUCCGGAUCAUAGUGUGUUCUUUGCCGGUAGAGCUGGGAUUCCGUUGAGUGCUGCGCCGGAUUGGCCUGGUGUAUCUUAUUGGGUCGUGUACCGGUGCUGCGUGUCUGUGGUUACUCUUCUGGGCCUCCUCGGCGUUGUUGUGGUCUGGGUUCCGGUUGUAGGUUGUGUGCCACCUCUGUUGGGCCUGUUGCUCGCGCCGGAGAGCCCUCUAGGAUCCAGUUCGGCACCGGGAUAGUAGGUAGGUUGGCGGAUCGGAGAAAUCUGGGUACAUCGCUUGGCCAGCGGAUGAUAUGCCACAUGUUGCCCACACGGGCCUGGAGGCUAAAUGGAAAGCCCCACUUGUAUGGGAUGCUCCGCUCUUGCAACAGGCAGGUAAGAGGCCUUAGGGCCCGGCGGGCGUCCAGGGUGAUCGUGGAUAGAUCUUGAAAGAGGGAGACUUGUGCGUCCAUGUAGGUUAUGUGCUGUUGGGUUCUAGUUGCCAGCAUUAAAGACUCUUUUAGUUGGAACGACACCAGGGCACAUAUUCUAUCUCUUCGUAGACCAUCUCGUCUGGGUGCUCGUAGUGCCCUGUGAGCCCUUUCUAUGCCAAAGUCGCUAGGAGCUGCGUCUCCCAGCAGUUCAGUAAACAGACCUGCGAGGAUCUCCUGCGGCACCUCCCCCUUGGCCUCCGGUAGUCCCUGUAUUCUGAUGUUAUUGCGCCGGCCACGAUUGUCAAGAUCUUCAAUCUGGUGGCGGAGGUCCAGGAGUAUAUUACCUUGCCUCGUGGUCGCCAGGUCCGUGGCUUGCUGGUGUUGCGUGUCUUGCAGGCGUUCCGCCUCCAGGUCAUCCACCCGCUGCUCCAGGGCUGUGAGGUCGUUGCGCACCGCCGUGAUCUCCUCCCGGAUAAUGUUCUACCACAAUUUCAUUCUUGUCUCUGCGGGUCAACAUGCUUGCGGAUAUCGCGGUGAUAUCUGCGGAUAUUUGGGUGAGGGUACCGGUUGUAGCUAUGCCUCGGGUCGAUUCCGCGAUGCGGGAGCCGACGCGCCAGUGUCUCCGGAGUCACGGGGACAUGCGGCACGGAUAGGAACUCAUCCAUCGGGCCGGGCUGUGAUCUCGACGGGGUCGCACUGGUCUGUCCCGUGCUGGUUAGGCAUUUGUUCUUCCCCAUUUCUUGGCAUUUUUGUAGGUCUUGGACGCUUUAACAGGGCUUCACAGGUUGGGGUUUAGGAGCUCGGGUUGAGUGCCACGCCCCUAUAAAUCAUUUUUAAUUUUUUCUAAGUGAACUUUGUUAUUGUUGGGAGGAUGAACAGGUGGGAAUAAUAAUGGAAUGACCUCACGGAAAAAUUAUUUUAUCUUUAAAGUAACUUGUGAAAAAAUUGGUUUUGGCCACUUUGCCCGAAUUAAAAUUAUUUUAAUCCACACCUGAACAACUC